CCCAGUGCCUACAUAGCCUUUGAUGGAAUAAGAAGGGACUUCCCUGAGGUGGUCUGCCUAUGGAAGUGACCUCCUGCAUGGAAAAUGGGCCAGAAGGUCUCACACAAGGACAGCCAGCAGAACAAGGCUGAAACCAUCAUCUGUGAAGUCUUCAGCCGAGGUGUGGUCCAUGUAUCCCAAAGGCUGAAGAGCUACUUUGGUCCCCAGAGCAAAUUCCAGCCAGCCACAAACACGCUGAGUGAAUUUUUGGUUAACUUCAUCAGCUUCUGGCUGAAAAAUGGGGUGGAGGAACGCAUCACGACUAGCACAAUGACCAAGCAGCAGUCUUCCCUGUUUGGGGUGGACUGGAUCUGGACCCUGUCUGGAGCUGACAAGCAAAUCAAACUUCAACUGGCCAUGCAGGCUUUACAGCUGGCUGAGCUUCCCAUAGCUGAGGUGGUGGAGGAUUGCUGCUGGGAAGCUGCACUGGCAGAUGAGCACUUCCAGAACAGGAGUAGAUUUGAGAAGCUGGUGGAGUUCUGCCGCCUGGUGGGACAGGACUGCCUGGGCUUGUUCAUCGUAUUUGGUGUGCCAGGGAAGCCCAAGGACAUCCUAGGAGUCAUGCUAGACAGCAUUGCCAAGGAGGAGUAAAACUACCGCCUGUCGGGCAGGGAUGAGCUAUGGCAAUUUGGCACCAGUGCUGACGGCUUCCUGCCCACAAAGGGCAUGUUGGAAAACUGCCUUGGCACGAAAACUGGACUGAAGGAGGUGGGCAGCAUUGUACAUAAGCUUCCUGUAAACCACUGGGUACAGCAGUGGCACUCUGCACCCUGGCACCCUGGCUGCGUGGGGCUCAGCGCUGCCUCCAGCUUUUCU